CUGCAACAGCAGACGACGGAAAAGAGGAAGUUACGCAGUAUUUACAUCCGGCUGGUGGGAGACGUCACAUCAACAUGGACGAUUCCCAGCAUCAAGACAUCUGUAGGGUUUGCCGCUCAGAGGCGGCCCCUGACAAGCCUCUUUUCCAUCCUUGCAUCUGCACAGGAAGUAUCAAAUACAUCCACCAAGACUGUUUGGUGCAAUGGCUCAAGUACAGCAGGAAAGAAUACUGCGAGCUUUGCAACCACAGGUUUUCUUUUAUGCCAAUCUACAGCCCAGACAUGCCAAAACGCCUCCCGAUCCGUGACAUCGUGAGUGGACUGCUGAGCAGCCUAGGCACUGCAAUCCGCUACUGGCUGCAUUACACAGUGGUUGCCUUUGCUUGGUUAGGCAUUGUGCCACUUACUGCCUGCCGUAUCUACAGGUGCCUCUUCACAGGUUCUGUGAGCUCCUUGCUGACGCUUCCACUUGACAUGCUGUCCACGGAGAACCUGUUGUCGGACAGCUUCUACGGGUGUUGCAUUGUUACAUGCACGCUAUGUGCAUUCAUUAGCCUGGUGUGGCUGCGAGAGCAGGUCAUCCAUGGAGAGGGGCCAGACUGGCUUGGACCAGAUCCCGACCUUGUGCAGCAUCCUGACGUUGCAGAAGACGCAGCUGGUGCUGAGCAUGCUGCCGGAGAUGGAAACGGGGUAGUAGGGGCUGUGCAGCCCCCUGGGCCCGUUGCAGAGGAUGCUCCGCAUGCAGAUGCUCCAGACGCAAACAAUGGGGCACAAGAUGAUGUGAACUGGAACCCGAUCGAGUGGGAUAGAGCAGCGGAAGAGCUCACGUGGGAACGACUUUUGGGAUUAGAUGGAUCACUUGUUUUCUUGGAACAUGUCUUUUGGGUGGUGUCCCUCAACACAUUGUUUAUCCUGGUAUUUGCGUUCUGCCCGUACCACAUUGGACAGUUUGCCAUCCUCGGCUUUCGCCUCAAAGAAUAUGUGACUGCAUCACAGUUUGAAGGGCUGUUGACGGCGCUUGUGGGCUAUGUUGUGGCAGGAUGCACUCUGGUUUUGCUCCAUAAACUUGCAUCACUUGCACUUCUAUGGCGUACGCAGCGUCUGCUUGGCCUAUGCUAUGUGGUGGUAAAGGUUGCGCUGCUUUCGGUUGUCGAAAUUGGUCUCUUCCCACUGGUGUGUGGAUGGUGGCUAGACGUCUGCUCUCUCACAAUGUUUGAAGCCACCCUCUCUGACCGCGAAGCAAGCUUUCGUCUGGCACCCGGCACCUCUAUGUUCAUCCAUUGGCUAGUUGGCAUGGUUUAUGUCUUCUACUUUGCGUCCUUUGUGCUACUGCUACGAGAGGUCUUGCGCCCAGGCCUGCUUUGGUUCCUCAAGAACCUCAAUGAUCCAGACUUCAACCCCAUACAAGAGAUGAUACACCUGCCUAUUCUGCAACAUGUGCGUCGCUUUCUGGUGUCGCUCGUAAUUUUUGGUACAACUGUUCUGCUCAUGGUGUGGGUUCCUGUGAGAGCCAUUCAGUGGAUUCUUCCUGGGUUUUUGCCUUAUCACGUUACCAUUUCCAGUGAUACACCUACGCAAGAGCUGUCUCUUGAGCUGAUCCUACUCCAGGUAGUGUUGCCUGCACUGCUGGAGCAAGGGCACACUAAGCAGUGGCUCAAAGCCAUGGUGCGCACGUGGUGUCUGGCGGUGUCUUACAUCCUCGACUUGCGCUCGUACCUCCUGGGUGAUGUUCCUUUGACGCUGGCAAAUGAGGCUGGUGGCCGAGAAAACAACAAUAAUGGCAAUGUGGGUGCCCAAAACAUACCUCCUGAUGAAGGAGGGGCAGGAGACAUUGGAGAGGGCAGCAGACAGCAAGAGGCACCGCUUGCUGCAGCCCUUCCUGGGUCUGACGGGGACCAUGAUGCUGCUGCAGAGGCAAGAGCUGCAGAUGUUGAUGAGCAUGGCCACGAGGAGCAGGCUAACAAUGAGGAAGAGGAAGGUGAUGCAGGAUUUCAAAGGGGAGUACUGGCGGCUGCUCACCAAGCUCUUUUGCAAGGUGUUGUCGCAGGAGGGGGUUCUACUGUGGGAUUCCAGGCAUAUAAGAAGCCAUCCCUGUUUCCUCUGCGCAUCGCUUUGCUUCUUGUCCUCAUCUGCAUCAGCCUCACUACAGCGAGCCUCGUUUUGCUUACCCUCCCUGUGUUUGUUGGACGGCUCCUCAUGUCCAUUUCACUGGGUGCUAGUACAGCAGCUGUGGUUCCCACGGUUACCACUGUUGCUGCCAGUACAGCAGGUGGUGCUGCUGCUGGUGCUGCUGCUGCUGCUGGGACAACUGGCAUUGGGGUUGCCAGCACUGUCGUGGGCAGUGGUCGAGUACAUGAGUUUUACACAACGGCUUGCGGCCUGUACACCUGCUGGGUUUUGCUGCGCUUCCUCACUUUGCUCUGCAGCUGGCUGCCCAAGGGAUGGAACGCCAUCAUGGCCAAGCUACGUUCUUGGCUACUCAUUUCCCUGAAGUCUCUCAUGGCAAUGACAUUGCUUCUUGGACUGAUUCCACUGUUGAUGGGUCUUCUGUUUGACCUUAUCAUCAUCAUCCCUCUUCGGGUUCCGCUCAACAGUACUCCGCUCUUCUACCUCUGGCAUGACUGGGCCUUAGGGGUGCUACAUACCAAGAUUAUCUGUGCCAUUACACUGAUGGGUCCCAACUGGUGGCUCAAAAGGGUAAUUGAAGAGGUAUACCAUGACGGACUGCGGAACAUCAACCUGUACCUUAUUGUGACUGAGUUGGUCCUGCCUGUGGUGGAGGCAUUAGGCCUGUCCUUGACUAUCCCAUACAUUGUCUCCUGCAGUCUUGUGCCUGUUUUUGGAGCCACAGAAGAAAUGCAGAACCUUGUUCUACGAAGGAUCUACCCUUCCCUGCUUGCCAUCUGCGUCCUAACGGCAUUUGUAGUGUUCCAAGUGCGACAGUUCUGCCGUCUUUAUGAGCACAUCAAGAAUGACAAAUACCUUGUUGGCCGCCGCCUAGUCAACUACGAACAUCGGCGAGCUCCUGCUUUUGUGGCACCUCCACCGACAGCAGCUUCCUCCUAGGCCCAGCUUUCCCUUUUCGUCGAUGUGUAAAUACCCCUGUACAGACAUUUGUUUCAUAUUGGUGGACGAAAACUCCCACGAUGACAGCUCUUAGAGCUGGUGCUGUAAAGCAGUGGCAUAGAGCUUCGCAAGGAUGACUGCAAUGUUUUCACUAAGCUCUGACCCAAGGAAGAAGAUGGAUGGUGCAUGAUGCAGACACGAAUGUAUGUCUACGGUGCGUAAAUAGGCCGCAUUCUUUCUUUCUUUUUACUCCUCCUUUUCUGUGAACUGUCAAGUACGUUUAUGUUGUGCUUUCAGUAAUUGUGCUGGUACUUGAAUGCUGUAAGCAAAAUUUCUGCCUCUCUAAUGGUCAGUGUGUGCAUGUGAGUUGUGUGAGCACUUCGUCCUUGGUUGAUUUAGUGGGAACAUUGUGUUGGUUACUUGGAGUUUAUAGAGUAGGUAUUCUUUUUAUCUUUUUUGAAUUGGUGGUAGUCUAGCCUUGAACUUGAGUAUUCCUGUUUUAAGUGUUUUACCUAAUACAUGUGUGACAUGCACAUAGUGUGCAAUUACGUUGUUCAAAAUUUACAGUUCUGUUGCGUUAUGUGCGGGUCAGCGGUGUUAUGCAACUGGAACCCAGCAGGCACACGUACAUGAACAACUGGAUGAAAAAUUUGUUGUGUGCAGUGCCUGGCUAACAAGUGCAGCAUACUUUAAAGCAUGACGGUUCUCAGUUAACUUUGGAAAAUCCGCACUGGAUCAUCAAAACUAUACUACUGUUUUUUUUUUUUUUUCCCCCUUUGUGCCCAUCACGAUAAAGCUUCACAUCCAAGGUGAAAUAAAUUGAUCCUUUGAAAUAUGUACAUCGACUGUAUCCAUCGACUGUAUCCAUAGUUCAUGCCUUGAUUAUCAAUCAAAUGGACAGUGGGCACAGUAUAGUUUUAGGACACAUGCAGAAGUUUGCUUUCAGUGCUGCCCGAAAUUGCUGAAGACUGGCAGCAUUACAUGGAAGAAUGAAGAAUAGCAUUUAUAACUCUUUGUCUAUGGCAGAAAAUGCUGUAGUGGGGCUGCUCAUGGCUUUGGCACUGGGGCUCUCCUAUAGCGGGUGCACAGUGUGGAGCAGCCUUCUGGUGCUUCAGCAUGAUGGGGAAGGUAUAGUUUCUACUCUACAUUAGUGGCAUGUGCAGGCAGUCGAGGCAUGUGAUGAAUUAUGCAAACAACCGAAUUGUCCCAAGCAACCUCCUUGGGCACUCUAUGAUUGUGGCAUUGGUAUAACUAGAUUUAAGUAUAUUCUGUGUUGUUAGUCUUUCCAUCAUAGGCUACCAAAGUACGUCGACUGGUUCCAAAUCUUGUAGGAUUUCCCAUCCCCCGUUUCAAUAUAUUUAGUUGGUUGAGUUUUGAGUUGGGCCACCAAAUCUUGUCUGCCACGUGCUUUUCUGCAUUGUCGCAACAUUUGUGACAGUGCACAUCAAAUCAACGAUGAAAAUCUCCCCCAAAAAAGGCUGCAUGUUUGGCACGUUGCCUUCUAUCUGUUUGGUCACAUGGUAUUUCUUCUGUUUGUUUCUUCUCAAGUAUAAACACACUUUCGGGUAGCUCAUUGGAUAUGUCUCCACAGUGUAAUAUGCCUGAAAAAAACACAUGCUGCUAACUAUAUUUGGGAAUGUGAAACAUCAAUGUUGCGGUAACGUAAGUUUCCCAAUAUUUGCUCUUCAUGGGUUCACCACGGCUUGUACUUCUCUUGGAAAAAGUCUUCAAACAGUAUGACUUAGGUCGUCAGAAGUGUGGGAGAUAUUUUAAUAUUUGCAUAAUGUUUGCCAGUUGCAAAGUUAUGUAGGAUUUGACAUGUGCAAUUUGUGGGUAUGGGGAGGGGGAGACCAUUAUAGUCUAUGCCUUACAGUGUGUAAUGGCGCUGAUAUCUCUAGCAUGUGCACCAGUGCUUAAGUCAGUCCGUAACAUUCCAAGCUGCCCACUGCACUGGUGUCACUUUUUUUUUCCCUUCGAGUUUGCUAUCCUUGUGCGUAUUGGAGGAUAAAGGUCAGGCAAUAAACUAUCAAUAAUUCAGGUUGACAUCAGCUAGUAUUACCACACUACAAAGAGAAAUGUUUUUUGGUUACUUGUCUGCCAGAGCACAUUACGCACUGUUCCUUCAAAAAGGUGAGUCCCCAGUUGGCUCACAAACUGAAUUCAUAAUCCGACAGCUUUUCUGAAAAACCAGCAGAUGCACAAGGGACUUCAGGUGCGCAUUACCUUAAUGGGGGUUUUGUGCACUUUACCUGUAAAGUCUGAAAGCAGUGAACUGUUGUAAUAAUCGGCAAAAAAUGUCCGACUCAAAAUAUACUGAAACUCAGGUUAAUAACCUGGAGGUUAUAUUUGUCAUUUCAGUGCUGACAAAAGACAAAGUGUGUUGAGGGAGCUUCAGUUGUGAUAUACAUGAGGUGCUCCACCAUACUUCAAUUUGCUAUUUUGCUUCAGAGUAUGAUUUUUGUUGUCUACCUCAAGUUCUGAUUCACUAACCUGUAGUAUGCAGCCAUGUUCCGUACUGUACCUUAAUGUUACUGAUAUUUGCACUGUAUGAGUUGUCAUGCCAUGUCGGCAUGUGCAGUCCAGGUCGAUGUAGUAUUCCAUAUAAGUUAACAUUGCAUUAUGACAUGAUUACAAAUAAGGCUGUAAAGUGCCUGUUAGAUGCUGAUGAAAAUGCAACAUCGGAAAAAAAAAUCUCUCGACUGUGGAUAGGGCCUGAUAUUUACAUGUAAUUUGAUUCUGCAACCCGAUAAAUGUACAUACCCUGAAUUAAUUUUCAUCUAAAUUAGGUUAAACCUCCAAGAAUUAGAGUACACAAACACUGGCCAACAGUGCCAUUGCACCAUAUGUGCACCUGAUAUGACCAAAACAAAAACGAUUACUACUGUAUGAUGUAAGUUUUAACGUGUGCUGAAAACUUGUGCAUAUUUCCCACACGUACCUCAUGUGCUCUAUUGCAAUGCUCACCACCAGAUACAUUCUUAUACUUCAACCGCAUUACACCCGAAUGCAUCUCUAACAGCUGAUUUCACCCUGAAUUAUCGAUUAAAUGUAGUACCUUGUUUUCGCUUCCUGAUCUGUGAAACUGAUUCAACCCAAAAGGUUCAGCCCCUAGCUAUGGAAAGCUGUGAUGUGUGGCUCUUCACGUGAAAUAGUCAAGAAAGAUGCACAUUGUAUGUAUAACUUUAAUAUUUGUAAACACAGCAUUUGCAGUACAUAAUACUUUUGUUCACUGUGUUAUGUGACAAGUAAUAAGCUGGUGAGAAGCUCAGUGGUGCUCUCAAGUGUGCAUGAAGGUGAACAGUGUUUCUUGGUGUGCACGCAAUGUCUGUUGUUCGUGAAUGCAACUCAAGGCAGAAUGGCAUCAGUUCAAGCUUUGCCUCCAUUGAGAAAUGUCACAUAAAAAAAAACUUUACUAUUUGUGCUCCAGUGGUAAAACAUGCUUUAAAAUGAAACAAACGUGUUACUUAGUCGUGCAUUUCUUUUCUUUUUUGUUCUAGAGCUUAUGUGUGUACAUAUUCCAUUGGCAAAACACCUUUUUCUCAUGUUCGUCUCUAACUGGGGUUUCAGCAUGUUUUCUUGUAACACUGCUUCUGUUAACAUAUUUUUUUCUUGAUAUUUUUUCACGAUAUCUUAUGUCUAUUCUUUGUUGCACUGCUGUUAGCAGCAUUUCCAGCAGCUUUUUAUUUCACUCCGCAGUUUCUUUUAGCCUGUCUUCAAUGCCACUGUAGUAGAGCAAGAGGGCACUUCACCCCUUUUUAUAUGAGAAAAGUAAAUACAUUGCGCAGUAGUUGCCUAAGUGGCGCAACCUCACCCCCAAAAAAUUGCUGCACUCGUAGCUUUGCGAAUUUUUUGUGUCUUCCAGUGCACCUUUGUGUUCUUGCAUUAGAAGUAUUAGACAUGGUACAACCAUAUCUGAGAAAGAGUGUGCUGAAAUUUCAGUAGAAACUGUGUGUAACUGAAUGAUAGAAUGGCUGAUGAGGUUGUUGGAAUAAAGUUUGUAUGCAGGCCAAUGGA